GGAACAGGUGAGGAACUGGCAGAACCAGAUUCUCCAGGUGUGAAGUAAGCAAUCUGGGCUUCUCGUUUGAUAGUUACAGCAAAUGGACAACUUUAUCUCUAACUUAUUUGACUUCACUGUUUGGCUUUCAAUUAACUGUAUGAGAACCAUAAAGAGAGCCUUUGGCUUUGACUGAUUUAACACUUGAUCAAGCAUUACACUCCAUGGCACUUGGAUUUUCUCUCAGACUAAGGACUCUACUACACUGGGUGGUAAAACAAGAACAAGACACCAAGGGGGAAAAGGAAGAUGAAAGACAGACUUCAAGAGUUAAAACAGAAAACCAAGGAAAUAGAACUCGCUCAGGACAGUCAGGUGUUUGCGGAAGAGGAACAAGGGGUGCUCGUCCAGCAAGCUGUUAUUUACGAGAGAGAGCCUGUGGCGGAGAGGCACCUACAUGAGAUCCAAAAACUACAGGAGAAUAUUAACAGCUUUGUGGAUGAUGUUCAACGAUUUGGACAGCAACAGAAAAGUCUAGUAGCUUCCAUGAGAAGGUUUAGUCUACUUAAAAGAGACUCUACCAUUGCAAAGGAGAUAAAAAUUCAGGCAGAACACAUAAACAGAGCAUUGGGUGACGUAGCCAAAGAAGUGAGAAAGUCAGAGGUUGAAAAUGGUCCAUCAUCAGUGAUCACAAGGAUACUGAAGUCUCAGUAUGCUGCGAUGUUCCGCCGCUUCCAGCAAACCAUGUUUCUAUACAAUGAUACGAUAGCUUUAAAGCAAGAAAAAUGCAAAACGUUUAUUGUCCGUCAGCUUGAAGUGGCUGGAAAAGAAGUUUCUGAAGAAGAAGUGAAUGACAUGCUUCACCAUGGAAAAUGGGAAGUUUUCAAUGAAAGCUUACUUACAGAGACCAGCAUCACUAAAGCACAGCUCUCAGAGAUUGAACAGAGACACAAGGAACUUGUGAAUUUGGAGAACCAAGUGAAGGACCUCCGGGACCUUUUUAUUCAGAUAUAUCUUCUGGUAGAGGAGCAAGGAGAGAGCAUCAACAACAUUGAGGUAAUGGUGAAUAGCACAAAAGAUUAUGUUAACAACACCAAAGAGAAAUUCGGACUUGCAGUAAAAUACAAAAGAAGAAACCCCUGCCGGGCCCUGUGCUGUUGCUGCUGCCCCUGCUGUGGCUCUAAAUAAAAGAUGCUACUUUAGAAACAUUCUCAGAGUUUAGGGAUAAGGUGUCCACAUUUCAGAGUCUUGACUUGGUUGUCUUCAUUUCAUGAGUCUAACCACAUAUAUUUAAUCAGUGUUACAGAGACUGCUAAAGCCAGUGACACAAUACAGGAAUCUACUUAAAAUUUACUGGUUAUCUAUUAGGUAAAAGUGAAGGAAAGAACUUACAUCUCUGGUAAAAUAUCGACUUCUAUUGGGCAUUUCUGUACUCUUAAGAUGAAUAUUCAAUUAAGUGAUACCUACUUUAUUAACCUGGCUUAUUUGACAGUAUUUUGGUAAUUGAGAGUUAUAUAAAACAAGGCAUCAAAAGAUGCCACAGUGCAUCACAAUGAAACUAAAAUGCCUCUUAAGUCUUUAUACCCAGAUAGGUGAGUAAGCUUGGUGAUCAUUGGGGCUUGGGAAAACUCUGUCAUAUAUCUGGUGAAGAAUCUAACUGGUGACAGGUAAGAGUCAAGCACGAGACCUAAGGGGAGGUAAGUCAGUGCUUUUUGUGAAGUUGGAUCCCAACAAGAAUCUGAGUUACAUACAGAUCAGAGAAAGAGGGCUUGAGAAAGUCAAAGAAAAAGGCAAUUGUGUUCUUGAAUGUGCGAUACCACUUUAUGAUAAAGCAAGCACUAAAGAAAAAAAGUAUAAAUUAAUGAAGAGGCGUAAACAGUCUUCGACCGUGACCCUCCAUCUGACUCGGUCUCCAGAGUGCUUGGAGUACACAGGAAUGCACCACUGAGCCCGUUCUGUUCUUGUUUGCUUGCUGAAGCUUCAUCUUUCAUUUCCCUGCUCCGUGUUGCCCUCUGUGCCCUCGCUGCACUGUCGUUCCUCUUUAAUGGAGUAGGCCACUCUUUCUGGAGUUUCUAUACUCUGUUGCUUAUGCUGAAAUAAACCUGUCCUUGUUAUCACCAACUUUAUAUUCAUUUGAACACUGACAUGGUCGGUGGGUGGAUGGAAGACACCAGAAAGGUAUUCAGUCUUCCUAUUCACGAAUAUGAUGCUUCUUCAUUAAUUUAUGCCUUUUCGAUUUUGUUUUUGGCAAACUUAACAUUUCUUACACAUGAAAGCAACAUGGUAAUCAUAAGUUUUUGUUUCUGUUGCUAUUAUGGAGGAGUAUUUCUUUCCCUCCAGUAAAUAUGUGCCACUGUUGUUGUUAAAAAACAAACAAACAAAUAACUGCCUUUGAGAAAGUCCUUCCCAACUGCUCAUCCUAGCAGAGCCAUCUGACAACUGUGUCAUCCCAUCAGCCUUACUUUACUGUUUUUACUUUUACUGGAACUUAAAUCCAUCUUAUGAA